AUGUACGAACUGCGACCUCCAGCCAUGAUCUGGAUCCUAAGCGUUUUCUUUGCGGUGUGCAUGGCUGAUGAGAGAGCCCUGCAAGAAGACGCUGAGUGUGCAGCCAGCGCUGACUGCUCCUUGAAUGCCCUUCAGAUGGGCAGCGCAGCGAAGACUUCGGAUGAAGAGGACAGCACGGAAAAUGAUAUUGACGAGGAAGGAGUCUCCAGUCACACCAACUCUUCUAUUCCUCUGCAUGGCUACCACCACUGGGCCACAACCACCAUGUAUGGCGAUGCUCCGCACGCAGCCUGCGGGGGGAUUAACACCAAGGAGUUGACUGCUGGCACUCGGUACCACAGUGUCGCCUCAGCCCAGGCGAUGUGGAAGGACUGCAACAGGCCUGGUUGUUGGUGCGGACAGUCAGGCGGAGGUCAUGGUACCACUGGCAUGGGCUGCCUCUCCUGUGCCAAGGGCCGUUUCUUAUGCUCCGCCUAUGGCGUGGUUGGCCACCACGUGGGCUUGGCAGAGGUGAGCAGCGAGGCCCAAGAAUCGACGAGCUGCCCAUUUCGGUCGGAGGAGCUCCUCAUCGUGGUGAGCGACAUCUGCCCACAUGCGCCAAAUAAGGCCUGGUGCCCUGCCAGUCCCGGCCACAAGAAUGCCUACGGCUCCUUCAACCAUCUGGACUUCUCGAACUACCCCGACAGCAUUCCGCACAACCCGUCGAUUCCGAACCUGAACUUCGUCUUUUCGCGGAUUGAGUGCCCAGCAGACUUGAAGCAGAGAUACCGAUCGAUGACUCGCUGCAAGUGA